UCAAUAACAGUUGAAUCAAGAUGGCGGCCGAGGGCGAGUACGAGUCGAUCCUGUGCGUUAAACCCGAUGUCAACGUUUAUCGCAUCCCGCCGCGAGCUUCAAACCGCGCAUACAGGGCAGCUGACUGGAAGCUGGAUACUCCAGACUGGUCUGGUCGAAUGAGGAUCACCACUAAGGGAAAAGUGGCGUACAUCAAGCUGGAAGACAAAGUCUCAGGGGAGCUGUUUGCUCAGGCGCCGGUGAAGGAGUAUCCUGGUGUUGCAGUGGAAACGGUCAGCGACUCCAGCCGAUACUUCGUUCUGCGGAUACAAGAUGACAACGGUCGCAGUGCUUUCAUUGGCGUUGGCUUCGUGGACCGAGGAGACGCAUUUGAUUUCAACGUGGCUUUGCAGGACCAUUUCAAAUGGGUGAAACAGGAGAACGAACUCAGUAAAAGUGCCCAGCUGGGGGAUUCAGGACCAAAGCUGGACUUGGGCUUUAAAGAGGGACAGACCAUCACACUCAAUAUAGGGCAAGGUAAAAAGAGGGAUAAACCCCGCCCACAGAGCACAGGUGGGUUUGGACUCCUCCCACCACCACCUGGAGGCAAGAUAGCCCCUCCUCCUUCAUCGGGCUCAUCCAAUCACAACAUAGUCCCCCAGACAGGAGGAACAGCAACAGGCUGUCUGUUGGAGCUGGACAGUAGUAACUCUAACACAGUGGUUCAGCCAAACCCUAGUUUAGAUCUUUGGGGAGACUUCUCUGCUCCUGCAAGCUCUGUUCCACCACCAUCACGACCAGAGAACGCUGCCAACUGGAUUCAGUUUUGAGACCGCGGCGCGCGGUUACGUCGAUCGCGAUUCCCAUCUCACCCGCAUCUUUGUCCGUAGCUUCCUGUGCAUCACACCGCGAGUAAACCUCUCACACACGAUGACCCCAAAGCAGAGACGUGAAAAACCCCCCACAGAGCUGUAGAAACAAAUCAUGGCAUCAUUUCAUUUCAGAAAGAAUCAUAGUUUCUUUUUAAAAAUGUUCUCGACAGGAAAUGAAGCAUUAAAUCUAUUAAAGCCAUUACAUGAUAUGAGCCAUUUCCAAAUAAUAUUUAAGGGCUACGUGUGAUGUCCUGAGUAGCAGGUGCUCCUCUUUUAUGUGUCUGCGUCGCCUCCCCGGUAGAUGGCUCUCUGAACAGAGGUUUAUCUUCUAAUGUGGAGUGUUUCUGUCUCUCAAACGGCUCCCCCUGCAGGCUGUAGAGAGCGCUGCACCUCGAGAACAACGCUUCACAGAGGCACCAGUGCUUUCUGUAACCUACUGUGAAUAAUGUGCAGACUGACAUAACUCAGCUUAAGUGAACUAUAAGACAUAAAGCAAAGAUUCUGGUAGUUUCUUUAAUAUUCUACAAUUGGCACUUAAAUCUUAUUUUUUUUUCAAUCAGUCUUAAUAGUUUUAAUGAAAAUGAGAUUUUGUCUUUUUCCUGAAUCAUUUUGAAAUUACACUAGAAGUGUGUCUAACUUGUUCUGAAUUCUAAACAAAGAACAAUUUGAGCCACAUAAAGCCCCUUUACCUCACUGGCAAGACUUUUUCACUAGUUUUAAGAGAAGUUAAUCCCCUUUUUAUGACUUAAAAGGGGAUUAAUUGACUUCCCAUCCGCACACUGUGAAUAAUGGAGAGCCCGGUCCUCAGGCUGGAGGAAGUUUGUCAAUCAAAAAUCAAACGGCUCAAAAUUUCUGUGUUUAUAAUUUGGUUUAAAGUGUGGUUUGAUUACACAACAAUAAUAUCAAAAGGUUCGGGUUAGCUUUUUUUAUGGGAUAUAAAAUUUAAAUUCUCAACAUUUCCCAUUUUCUCUGAACGCAGAUGCAACCCUCCGCUUAAACCACCUUUAUAAAACAUAACACACAUCUACUUAUCGCCACAGGAAUCAGAGUUUAUUCAUUCUACAGUAUAUAACGUGUUUAUAGAAUCACUGAAUCUACAGGAUACUGAACUGCAGCAUUAACAUUCCUUUCUGAGGUAUUUAAACUAUGAAUUUUAUUUUGUGUUUACAAUGCAGAUGUGUUUACUACUGUGUGCUUGUUAUCAGCGGGUGUAGUUUGUCGCAACAUUGAAAUUAAUGUAUUAAUUUCCAAAUCUCAGACAUGCGUCGUGCCGUGCCGUGUCAUUUCAAGCUGUUUGGUGCAUUUUUAAGAAUGAAAUAAGCUCAGAAUUAGAUAUUAUAUAUUGCAUAUCUGCUGAAUGUGGCGCAGCAGUAAAUUAAAACACUACUGACAUAUUUAUAGGGCUUCUUAAUCCCAAUCAAGUUUUUUUUUUUACCUCUUAAUAUUUUUACCUCUGAAAACAACAUUUCAUCCCAAUUAAAGUUUGGAAAGUUGAAAUGGAUAAAGGAGGUGAAUCAGAGCAGGAAUGUAAAGCUUUCUGUUUCAACUGGCAGGACUUUGUAUCGAGAAAGUCCUAUUUUAUUCUUUUAAGGCCUCUUUGAGAUUUGUUUUUGAUGUCAUCAGAUCAGAAGGAAGCUCUAAUGUGGGGAUUAUAAAUCGUAGAAUCACUUUUUACAUUAAAUCUAUAGUAAAUGAAUGUUUCUGCAUCCCCUUCUGUUAUAAUGAGAAAACAGACCUAAGAGGUGACUUACCAUCUUAUUCCGUUGUGCCAUUUACAGCACAGAAAAAGAGUUUUCAUAUGAAUGAUGAAUUAAUUUAUCUGCUUUUUCAUGUUUACGAAAUUAUCACAAGGCUUUUUAAAAGGCACAGACAGCCCUGUGUUGAACUCAUGGCCUUCGGUACUACAUAUGUUAGGGAUGGAUGUAAGAAUAGAUCUUGAUAAAUAGAGUAUGAGAAGUACGGUUUCAGAUGAAGAGGCUGUUCAACACGAGUCUGAAACGGUACUGAGUGGUCGAGCGUUUACAGCAGAUCCUGCUGUGAAGAUUUAGACAAUCUGAGGAAAACGUUUGUAACUUACAGGCAUAGUCUGACUUUUUGGGAAAUGCUCUUAUUCACCUUUGUUUGAUGAGAAGAUUGAUCCCACUCUUAUGUCUGUCUGUUAAAUAUAAGGCUACAGCUGGUUAGCUUAGCUUAGCAUAAAGCCUGGAAAAGGAGGGAAACAGCUAGCCAGCUUCCUAAAAGGGAUUUACAAGCACUGCUGACACGCAGAUCACAAAUGGUCCCGGGUCCCAUUUCACAAAUGAUUUUCACUCGCAAAUUGCGGAUAAAUUUGCAAGUCCUACAGUCCCCUCGCAUGCUCACGCAUGGACCACAAGUAUGGUGUUCCUUUUGGAUUUGUUAAAUAUGUAAAAAUUGAUGUGAGGAAAAAGUGAUAUCAUGUUGCAAGUCGCAGCUUGCAUGUUCCAUCGGGCCCUUGGAUCUGUACAAAGGAAACAAAAUCUGCCUAGUAGCAUCUCUAAAGCUCACUAAUUAACACUAAUUAAAUCUAGUUUCUUUAUAUUUUCCAAAUUGUUAAAAUAUUCCUUUUAAUUUAUUAUAAUACUGAGUGACAUUCUACCUAAAGCAUUGAACCUAUCUGAUGCAAUGAUCCCCGUUCAGACUGUAACAUGAACCAAUGUGCACUGUUAGAGAUGACACCAGUCUCAACAACAACAUCUAAUGAUUGUCUUACUUCAUCUGAUGAAUGUCUUAAUGGCAGCAAAUGAUAUGUUUAAUACUGGCUGAUUGUGACUUUAGAUCGUGUUUACAGGACUUUGACAAAUGAAUUGUCAUAAACAUUUCUUGACUGUGAAUUCAUUUGUUUGCAUAGAUUUUUAAAGGCUUACUGUGAUCAGAUCACAUGAACUGUAUUUAAUUGGCGGUAAGAUACAGGGCUGAUUGAUAUCUUGAUGAUAUGUUGGAUAUGUGUGUUGUGUUUACAUUGCUUGUAUUGCUGGCUAAACUAUAAAAAUGUGUCCCAUUGCUCACUCAUUCCACUCUGGCUGUAAAAUCACUGGACUAACACUUUUGAUUUAUGACCAAUUUAAUGAGAAAGAGGCAAUAAAUCCUUUCAAAGGA